CCAGGCCUGGAAGGUGAAGCUGGACGAGCCCGUGUUGGCUGUUGCAGUCGCCGGCCCCGCGAGCGCGAGUUACCCUUGGCAGCGCAGGGCUGGAUGGAGCUGGCUACGAUGCUGCCCUCCCAGCAAGAGCUACUCUGGUUCGACUGGGGAUUAACUCCCAUUUAGACCCGUGUAAACAGGGCCGCAGGCAAGCGGUGCUUUGCUCGUAGGGCCGGACCCCGGCAAAGCAAGUCUCCCUUGGUGGCAGCAAACCAGAAUUAGCAGAAGGGCGCUGGUUUUGAUGCCACGGGCAAAUGAAUAAGAAGCAAAGCGUGGCCUUGUGCUGCACCGGCGGAGGUCACUUCACCUGACUUCCACCCCUGUAAAAUGGGUUUAAUUUCCUCGCUCCAGGGGGUGGAAAAGCUGCUGCUGGCCUCGAAGCUCAGGCGCGAGCAGCGUGGGCCAGGCCGGGACCGGCGCGCGGCCCUGCAUUGCAAGCUGGUGCAACGCUCCCACGCCCUGCAGCACGGGACCGACCCCGCGCAGCGCCGAAAGCAGGGCGCGGCAGCGUUUUUGGGUCGAGUGCCAAAAACACCCACAACCUCGACUUGCGGGACGUUGGCAUGCCAGGGGCCACGAGGGGCCUGGUCCUGGCGGCAGCGCAGCCCUGGCCCCUUCCCCGCCAUCUGCCCCGAGCAAAAAGCCUUUGCGUGCCACCUGUGUGGGGGGUGCAACCCCUGGCCUAAGCCCUCUGCCUACAUCCUGGUGAAUGGGGAGCCCUGCUGGGGGACUACAACUCCCAGGUGCCCUUGCAGCAGGCCCCAGCUGCCAUUGGCUGCGGGCUGCCACGUGGCACAGCAGCUGGAGCCCAGCCUCCCAGGUGGGUGGCUGCAGGAUGGAGCCUGGGCGGCGCAGCAGGCUGGCGCUGCUCACCGACCUCUACCAGUUCACCAUGGCCUAUGGCUACUGGCGGGCGGGGAGGCACUGGGAGCCGGCCGAGUUCGAGCUCUCCUUCCGCAGGUGCCCCUUCCAGGGGGGCUUCGCGCUGGGCGCGGGGCUGGGCGAGUGCCUGGCUUUCCUGCGGGGCUUCAGCCUCUCCCAGGCAGACAUCGAAUACGUGCGGUCAGCCCUGCCCAGCGGCACGGACGAGGCCUUCUUCGAUUACCUGCGCACCGUGGACGCCUCGGAGGUCACCGUCGCGGCCGUCCCUGAGGGCUCUGUCGUCUUCCCCAGGGUCCCGCUGCUGCAGGUGAAGGGGCCCUUGCUGGUGGUGCAGCUGCUGGAGUCCACGCUGCUGUGUCUGGUGAACUACGCCAGCCUCGUGGCCACGAACGCCGCCCGCUUCCGGCUCCUGGCCGGCCCGGACAAGAAGCUGAUGGAGAUGGGGCUGCGCCGGGCCCAGGGCCCGGAUGGCGCCUUGUCUGCUUCCAAGUACUCGUACGUGGGGGGCUUUGACUUCACGAGCAACGUCCUGGCGGGGCAGCUGUACGGGAUCCCGGUGCGCGGCACCGUGGCCCACUCCUACGUCGUGUCCUUCUCGGCGCUGGCCGAGGUGCAGCCCCGGAUGCUGGCGCCCCGGGCCGGAGGCGAGCCGGUGGACUUCCCGUGCCUCGCCACGACGUGGCUGGAGCGGGCCUGCCAGCUGCUCCGCGUGCCCCGGGAGGGGGUGAACGAGGGAGAGCUGGCGGCGUUCGUGUCCUACGCCAUCACCUUCCCCUGCAGCUUCCAGGGGCUGGUGGACACCUACUCCGUCAUGAGGAGCGGCGUGCCCAACUUCUGCGGCGUGGCGCUGGCGCUGGCCCAGCUCGGGUACCGCGCCAUCGGCGUGCGGCUGGACAGCGGGGACCUCGCCCGGCAGGCGGCCGCGAUCCGCCGCAUGCUUCGUGCCUGCAGCGUCCAGUUCCAGCUGCCCUGGUUCGAGGCUGUCCCCAUCGCGGUGAGCAACGACGUCAGCGAGCAGAGCCUGGAAGCUUUCGGCACAGAGGGCAGCGACAUCGACAUGAUCGGGAUCGGGACCCACCUGGUGACCUGCCCGCAGCAGCCCUCGCUGGGCUGCAUCUACAAGCUGGUGCAGGUGAACGGCCGCCCGCGGAUGAAGCUGACGGAGGAGGAGGAGAAGAUGACGCUCCCGGGGUGCAAGGCGGCGUACAGACUCCGGGAUGCCGCGGGUCGCCCCUUCAUGGACCUCCUGGCCCUGGCGGACGAGAGCCCCCCGCGGGCAGGGCAGGAGCUGGAGGCCUGGGUGCUGGGGGCAAGCCCGGAGGCUCUGAGAGUGAUCCCUGCGGCGGUGGAAACCCUGCAUCGCACCUACUUCAAAGAUGGGCAGGUCUGCGAGCCGCUGCCCAGCCUGCCGGAGGUCAGGAGCCACGCGGCGGCCUCCCUGCGCUCGCUCGGCCCUGCUCACAAGAGGCUGCGGGAGCCCGAGCCGUACCAGGUGGCCAUGACGGAGAAGCUGCACGUCCUCCUCCAGACCCUGCGCCAGGCCAGCCAGUGAGCGGUGCCCGCGGUCCAGGCGAGGCGCAGCGCCUGCUGCAGCUUGCCAGCGCGCCAGCCCGUCCUGCCGCAGCCGGUCCCUGGGGCGCAGCUCUUCUCUGGAUUGCUUACAGGCCCUGCGCGUCCAGCAUCCUCGUGACUUUGCUCCCUUGGGCGCAUUGCCCGGCGGGGACGGCUGAAACCACAGGAGAGGAUUUGCAAAGCCAGGGGUGGAGCCCAGCUCCCCAUGGUGUCCCUCUGCAUUGGGUGAUGCAGGAAUCUCUCCCGCUCUUGCCAUCUGAGAUCGCAUCUGACCAAGUGGGCUGUUGCUGAUCAAAGCUCGUGCCUCUCCCCCGCCGGCGGUCGGGGUCCUGCCUUGCUCCGGGCUUAUGAAGGCCUGGCAGCAUGCUAAGUGCCUUGCAAGCAUGUGCCUUUUGCUGAAGGACCCACUGCAGCUCCAGCAGCUGGGACCAGUUUCAGGUAGCGAUGUGCAGGGGAAUGGUCCUAGCUUGCAUCCUGCCGGAGGUGAAAGACUAGGCCUGUGAUUCGCAAGCAAAGCACCCCAGGGUGCUGUGAGAUCCUUUGAAGGGUGCCACCAGCUGAUGCACAAGGUUAGCACUGCGAGGUGUGCAAAACACCUCUGCCUCGCAGGAUAAACCCGGAGAUUUCAGAUAGGAACCGAGUGUCCGAAGCACCCUGCCGUGCCGGGCUCCCUCCGAGAUCUGCCCCACAAGGAUGGCUCUCAGGUUUUUCUCUAGGAAACAGCUGGUGUUUGCUGAGUUUGAGACUCGCCGGGCCAGACUCUUGUCCUGAUGCAGCGCUGCCUUAACCCUGUAUGAAUAUGCACACACCUGUUUUAUUCCUCUCAAUGAGCUUUAGUAGCUAGGAAUUAUUUGGCGCUCAAAGCCAUGUGCAUUCCUGUGCCUUAUGCCCGUGUAGGGGGUUUUAGCGCGGCGCUCUCACGCUGAUCUGCCUGGCAGCAGAGACCACAACUGGGCUCUGACCAGGUCGGAUGGCAUGAGCGUCCCCCACGCAUUGCUGCUUCUGGAACUGGCUGAAUGGGAAAUGCUGGACAGCUGGGCCGCGGCUGACUCUCCAGUCACGCACUACUGCAAGAGCAGGCUUUUUUGGAGCGUUUCCUACUUCUGAGCUAGCAGCAAGCCCUAUUUUUGCAGAAGAGCAGUGGGGGAUAGGGGUGAGCUGCCAGGAGCCGAUGCAGGAGGAAAAUCAGCUGGUGCUCGUCUCCCUCCCCGUGUCUGCUUCUGCUAGGGCAGCAUCUUUGGGAAGAGCCCGGGAGGAGAACUCCUGCCCCACCGGGGGUAACACCUCCCAUUUCAAUCUUUGCGGUCAGCGAUGCACUUAGACACUGGAAAACAAGACCUCUUUUCCUGCC